AUGGUCGCUCUAGCGGGACGCGGUGCCCAUGCUUUCCUGGCCUGUCGUUCUCAAAAUCGUGCCCUUGCUGCCAUCGACUCUGCCCUCCUCGAGGUCCAAUCCAAAUAUCCCCUUCUCAUCACCGCGUCGAUACUGGAGUUCUUGGACCACUUUGUCUUCAUGAUGGCCCUCCUCGACCGCCUCAAGGCCUCCCAACCCUCCCGAAUCGUUAUGCUCUCCUCGAUGGCCCACAAGUCCUUCGCGCCACGCGCCGGGAUCGAUUUCGAAACCCUCAAAGACCCUACAAAGACCACCGAAGUCACCAGGUACGGUCGUUCCAAGCUCGCCAACGUUCCCUUCACAAAGGCCCUCGCGCGACGUCUCUCCAGCGAGCAGGUGUACAUCAAUGCUUGUCACCCGGGAGUCGUUGCCACGUCUUUGGUCCGGCAAGAAGGAACGACCUUUACGGAGUGGGUUGGAGCGAUGGAAGCCAAAUCAGCCGUCCUGGCGAGGAACGAAGAGCUUCAAGAAAAGUUGUGGACGUUCAGCGAGGAACUUGUUCGCGAGAAGGUCAUGGCGUAG